AUGAAUCACAAGAAAACCAAAUCCAACUUUGCCAGUCAAGCCAGUUCAGCCACCGUCCGAUUGUACGAACGACUGGUUGAUGCACAAGUCAAGGUAGGUUUAUAUUGUUGUAGGUUUGAAGAAUGGGCUAAAAUGUGCUUAUAUGGAACCGACAAAUGUUGUAAAAUACGAAAAAUUAUCUUUUGUAUAACUUUGAAAAAAUCAUGGUACCACAAAAGUCUUGUCGUUUUUGACCGGGCAAACCCGUGAGAUUUGAUGACAAGACUUUUAUGACAGUUUUAAUUGUAUUUUAUAACUAAACAUCGAGUUAAAAAACGUAAAAACACUUGUUUCUAUUCACUUUUUGCCCAGUAUUAUAUUUUUAAAACGUUUUUGAAGAUGUAAUCUGACGUUAUUUCAGAAGCCGUUCUCUCAACGUGCUAAUACAAUCGACCGGUAUGGACAAGAUUGUUCCGUAUCCAGUGAACGACAACACUUAUCGUCUUCAGACACGUCUUGUGGGGUAAGUGGUACUAUUUUUAAGAUCAUGAACGUUGUAGUUUCAGUAUGAUAUUGGAUUUAAAAUUGUCAUAUAAGGUUGUUCAUAUAAUUCUGAGCCUUUCUCAAAGCAGAUUUUUGUUGUUAGAAGGCUCAGAAUUUUUUUGAACAAUUUAAAGGGUUAUGGGGCACAUAAUUAGUUGAACAAUCUAAUAACUUUUAUUUUAUCAAAAACUUCAAACUACAGUAUCCACGAGGCCAAUCAGACAGAAUACUGUAUCCAACUUCAAGAAAUCACAAAACUGAUGACAAAUCACGUCGAGCCAGAAGUAAUACAGCCAGAAAAACCUCACAAAUUGUUGUCAAAAGACCAGUCAGAUCGAAAAGUAGUGCAAUAUCUGCCAGUGAUGAUCAACAAGGUGCCGCUUUUACUGGUAAUUCUUUUUUUAAUUUUAAUUUUAUGCUUGAUAUAACUUUAUGUUUUGUCACACUUGAUGUUAAAUGGUCAUUACUUGACUUUAAAACAGUAAAAACUUAACAGAGCCUUAGGCAAACUAAAAAAAACAAAAAAUGAAGUCGAUUUCAGUGCUUUUUUCACUGAAAAUGACUUCAUCUCCCAGUUUAUGCCAUAUUUUUGUGAAAAUGACAUUUCAGAGCAACACAGCUCGAAUUGGGGGCAGAGUCUGAUACCGGUCGAGUGUACAGAUCGGGUGGUUUGUCUAAACGACCGGCAUUUCUUGGUCAGAGAGCUGAACUUGAUCAAUCCCAAUGAUGAUCUACAUGUAACUCAAGAGGAACUCUGCAAGUUGGUUGAGCAGAGCAAGAUGUUGACUAGGAAGUGAGAUUUCAUCUUCAAGUUUACUCUACCCCCAUCUUAUUCUAUUCUGCCUUACUUCACCUUACCCUACGCUAUUCUACCUUAUUUUACUUUACCUUACUCAACUUUACCCUACAUUACCCUACCUUACCUUACUUCACCUUACCCUACCUUGCCUAUAUCAUCAUAUCAUACUCUACUUUGCGCCACCCUACCCUGAACCAACAUACUUUACUCUACUUUCUUAUAACUUACGUUAUUGUAGGUACUGUACCUGCAAAGAGCCAUCAGAAGAGGAAGAAAAAUCAAUCUACGACUUCAGUCAGCCUUCAGAAGACCACCGUGCUCUUUCAGUAGUCUUGGAAGAUAAGAAUCAGAAGAAUGGACCAGAAAGAAGAGAGAAAGAUGACCAAGUUGAUGACAAUGUCCUCGGAGAUCGACUUGUUACUACUCCAGGAAAUGAUUCUAGUCCACAUGAUGAAGGUUGUCAGAACUGGUCGAAUCAUCGGGGUAACCAGCAGAAUCUUGAUGAUAUAGCCGAGGCAGCACGAGAGGUGAGGGCAGGAUCUUGUCAGCCUUCUGAAUCCAGGUGGAAUCAAAGAAAAUUGGCUUCUGAAUUGAAAUACGGAUACAGCAGUUCAAAUUCUCAAUCUAGCAAAAGCUACGUGACUUUACCUUCAGAAUUCAGUAACAGCUACGUCACUCCGACUUCUGAAACCAGGUUAAGUCAAGGAACUUUGAUUUCUGAAUCCAGUCCUGGCUACACAAGUCAACCCUCUGAAUCUGGCCACAGUCAGCAGUAUCUGACUUCAGAAGCCAGUCCAUAUCAAGUCAGUCUAAGAGGAAGCAAGUACGAUGGUCGUCGGAUUCUGAAUCUGCCUCCAGACGCCCUUUCACCCAACUCCAGAAGGACUCAGGAUCCAAAUGCUUCAUCCUCAACGACGGAAGUCUUCCAAGAACCCCCGCUUCAUGUAUCGAUGGCUUCGACGCCUCCGUCACCGUUCAGUAGCCAGCCGGUUCCAAUCUACAUAACUAGUACUCCGAUGGUACCGGCUCAGCCUAGAACUCCAGUCAAUUCCCCGAACGAGAGUGUCAAAAGAGAUCGUCAUAACAUGAGAAAUGGCACAAAAAUGGAUGGAAUCAACGGAAAGGGUAUGAAAAAGAAUGGCACUAGAGCUUAUGGAAGACAUGUUAAUCAUGGUGACAAAAGGGAUGACAAUAUGGUGGACAUUGAUCAGGCUUUGAUAACAAUGACAGAGAUAUCUCCAGAGAAGACUCAGAGAUCAGAUUCUCCGCCACUGGUCACGGCCAUCACCCUCAAGUCUCCAGAAGAUGACAUUUCCAUCGUCACGGUACGACGUCGAAGAGCCAGAAGGCAAGGCAUCUCUCCCAUUGCUACAAGUACCAAGAUACGACCAAACCAAGACUUGAGGGUACCAUCAGAGACUAGUUCGGUAUCAUAUGAAGGCGGCAUGGUACCAUUACAAGGCCACAUGGCACCACAAUUGCGCAUAGUACCAUUUCAAACCCAAUUGGUACCAUCUCGUAGCUCCAGUGUAGCAUCUCAAGACUCCAGAUCACCAGCUCCAAAAGAGAAACCGGCGUGGGCAGACAGUCCCUGCCGAAGCCACUCCUCCCCCACCAAAGAAAUGGUCGACGAGAUGAAGCAGUACAUGAACCAACGUGCCAAACUGUACCAGUCGGACGAGGAGAACAGUACCACUGAAACCACUAACUUGAGAAUGCCAGUCUGCAAAAGAUCAACCGGUCGAAGCAUGACAAAUGUUUCGAAAAUGACAACUAACACAACAUCGACUGGUCGAAGUUCAUCCACUCAUGCUAGAGCAAGUUCGACCAACCAAAGUCCGGCUUCAAGAACAACAUUGACCGGUCGGAGUUCAUCUACUGUUGCAAGUUCGACUGAUCAGAGUCGAGCCAGUGACUCAAGAAGUUCAAAAUCAAUUCAAAAGUUCUCGGACAAAGGUCAUGUUGUUGGACGAGGACGACCAGUUAAUGGAGUGUGCUCGAACUGCAUCCUCAGCUGUUCCUGUGCCAAUCCCUUGACUGUUCCACAUUUUGGACGGAAACUUCUGGAGAAUGUCACUCUGACUCCACAGUUUGAUGUGGGUUUUGAAUUUAAAAAUUUGAUUUCUUUAUUUUCAUGCGUUUUAAAAAGUCUUGUCGUCGAUUUAUAUUGUUUUCUUAGUUGAAAAACGCGAAGACUUUAAUCUACCUAUCUUCAGACAGAACUAACUCCGGACGGUGUCAUACUGCACAUCAAAUACUCUGUCAGCGAGCCGACCGGACUAGUCCGAGAUGUUCAUGCCAUUUUCGAUAUGCCCUUGUACAGAAUCCGCCGAAUCAUCGUCGAUGGAAUCGAAUACAUCAGCAGUAUCAACAUGUGA